AUGAGUGAUGACAAAGAGGCGAACGCUCUUGAUCAAGAAGAGGUUGUUUGCAGCAUCAAGACAAACCUAACGUGUCAAGUGUGUGACAAGUUAUUUGUGGAUCCAAAAAUACUUCCAUGCCUGCAUACGUUUUGCUGUCUGUGCAUUGAAAAUUUGCUCCGAAACCGACCACUGAAGGACAAGCUGUUUAAGUGCCCUUCGUGUCAUUUUGAAUCAGGGCUGGACAGUCGCAACUCUGUGAGGAAACUUCCCGCCAACUCGCUCCUGGUGUCGCUGCUCGACUUACUACGGAUACAAGAAGGGGAAGCCAUCCAGUGUGAUGUUUGUGACUGCAGUGUGGACGAAUCACCGGCUGAUUUACGGUGUCGAGAAUGCUCGGUUUAUCUCUGUGAGUUGCACGCAGAGGCUCAUAAAAGAGCUAAGGAUACCAAGCGCCAUGUUCUUCUCUCUUUAGAGCACCUGAAAACCAUGUCUUUGAAAGAGUUGAACCGGCCAACCUACUGCGCAACACACACUGUUGAAAGAUUAGCGCUGUUCUGCGACACUUGCAAUGAAAGCAUCUGUCGCAAUUGCGCUCUUAAAGACCACAAAACACACCAAACUCAGUUUUUGGAGGACGCAUACUCCAAACUAUACCCCAGGCUCUCUCAAAUACUGGAACAAACUAGGAGCGUUUGCAUCAAAGUAGAAAAAGCUGUCCCCGCGCUGGAAUGGAUGCAAGCACGGGUGAACAUGAAAGCUGAUCGUAUAAUCCGGGAUAUCGAGGACAGCAUCAACACUAAGAUCAAAGCCUUAGAACAAAGGAAGAGCGAGCUGCGAGCCGCGGUAGAACUGGUGCGAGUGAACAGAAAGACCGCGUUGGACGUACAAAGGCGGCGUUUAGAGGCAUCCCGAGAAGCACUGCAGGUGUCGUGUCGCUUUGUGAAGAGAGUACUCGAAGAAGGUGAUCCGGUGUACUUGCUGUCCGCCAAAGAUCUUAUGUCCGAGAGACUAGAGGCACUUGCCAAUCAGGGCUAUGAACUUCAACCUCGUGAGGACCACGUGAUCAAGUUUUCUGCCGAAAACGUGGCUUUACAACAAGCUAUUGAGUCAUUCGGGUCGAUAGAUACCUCUUACCCUUAUUUUGCGACUUCUACAGCAGAAGGACCUGGUCUACAUGAGGCAAAUGUCAACCAAACCGUUUGUUUCACAGUAAUAACCAGGGAUAGGAAAGGAAGACCUAUUGAAUGCGUGACCUCCGACUUGAGUGUUCAGAUCGAGUCCCCGGAUGGUGCUCUAACCGAGGUUGAAAUCACCUCGCAAAAUAGCGGGAAACACAACAUUUCUUACAUUCCCUUGGUGCCAGGACAACAUCUUAUUCAUAUAAGCAUCCGUAGCUACUCAAUGAACGGAAGCCCUUUCACAGUUAAUGUACCUUUCGCCAUGAGGGACUACGAAAAUAUGACCCAACCACAGCUGCUGAUAGGAGGGCCUGGGGAAGAGGCGGGAAAACUGAAGGGCGCGAGAGGUGUAACAGUGGACAAGGAAAACAGAAUCGUUGUAUGUGACAGGAACAAUUUCCGCGUGCAAAUUUUUGAUUCCUCCGGGAAGUUUCUGUUCGCUUUUGGAAACAAAGGAAGCGGGGAUGGCGAAUUCCCCGGCGGUCCCUUGAGUGUGGCUGUGAGCAACGACGGAAGGUUUUUCGUCUCUGAUUGGAGCGGAAGAACUUUGCAAAUGUUUGACGCCAAGGGAAAGUUUGUGAAAAGAUUGAGACUUCCUGAAGACGAAGACGAAAAAUGCGCCAAACUCUCAAAUAUAGUCUUUAGCCAAAAAGAACUUCAAGUUUAUAUCACCGAUGGCCAAAAUAGGAAAAUUUAUGUGUUUGACAGUGGCGGGGAGUACUUGUCACACUUUCAAGUUGGCUGUUUGGAUGAAGACGAUGGUCUCCCCAGCAAACUCCAAGGGGUUACAAUAAACAGGAAAGGAGAGAUUGUAGUGUCCCUGGUGAACGAUGGAGCCCUUCAAGUACUGAGCACGGAUGGAAAACCACUGAGACACAUUCCACUUCCUUUCACAAAAUCUAGCAAAGUUUUCGCUCCAGAAGCCAUUACUGUCGAUUCAAAUGACAACAUUUUGAUGGCGGAUAGUAUGAGAAAUUGCCUUCUGGUGUUCUCAGGCGAGGAUGGGCACCUUAUAGCAGAAUGUGCAAGAGAGAGCCUUUGUAAUCCAUAUGGAGUUGCUGUUGAUAGAGUGGGGCGUGUUAUUAUGACUGAUUCUUCAAAUCAAAUUAAGAUAUUCUAG